CUUCGACAGUAGGCUGACGGGUGAGCACCAACCGCCAUCAUGGAUACCAUCGGCUCGCCAUUCUCAUUGAGGAUGAUAACACCAAUCCAAGCACUCGUCUGCGCACUAGUCAUAAUACUAGGGCAAUGCAGUACCGCAAAACCUGUUGCCACUGCGUCCACGCACUUAUGUUCCCGGCAAUUGAGUCGUGAAGCCAUGCACAUCAUCCACCAAAAAGUAUUCUUGCCAGCCCAAGCCAUGCACUUCCACGUGCCUGACGAGUGUCCGUUCGUGGCCGACCACAUUCUCCACCUCGAGCAUGAACAGCGCAAGGAACGCACACACAGCGGCAGGUAUCGAUGUGGGUUUUGCAAGAAGCAAUUCCGCAACGAAGAGUACCUCGACGGCCAUUUCGACCGCAAGCACACCCCAGUCUCGAGCUCGUUGCCAACGGGGCUUUGUAUGGCGGACUACUGCGACAUCUUGAACUGCCCCACGUACAUCUCCCAAGCUCGGCAUGCCAAGUGCACGCACUCCUCUGCCCGUCGCCUCAAACAAAAGUGCCAGGCGCUAUUCCAAGCGUGCUUUCCAUACCAAGAGCCAUCGUUCGAUGCCACGACACUGCGGCGCGGCGAGCCAGAGGCCAACCAACUUUACGGUAUCCUAGUACAGUAGUGGAUAGUACUUGGGUCAACUUUUGUUUCCCAUUGGAUUGUGUGCUUAGAAUCCAUGCUCGUGAGCAUCUGCGACACCAUUUCGUGCGACGCCCCAGACACAGUGGACCCCCCCUCACUUUUUUCAAUCGUGGCCGUCGCGUUGCUCAAAUUUGUUUGCCUCAUGGGGGUACUGAUGGGGCUCAUCUAUGCAUUUGAUCGGUAUAACCUCUAUGAUCACAUACUAUACUAUCUAUUUGUGUGAUGCUGGCUCUAGGCCCAAUGUUCCCAUGGCCAAACCAUCAAUUCAUCGCCCGAAAGCCACGUCCAUGUGGCGACAACCCCUAGCCCACGCCGACUGAUUGACCACUCGAAUUGCAUUUGCUUUAACCCGACAACAUGGCGAAUUCGGCCAACGUCAAUUUGCCCUUUUUGUUCUUCUUCUUCUUCUUGGACGCUUGCUGCGGGGUGGACUGUUGUGUCUGGUGAUUGGGAUCGUCUUCCCCCCACGCUGCAACCGACAUUCCGGGCUUUUUGCCCAAUAGCUGAACGUGCUGGAUGCCGAUGGCGGGUGCUGCUUUGGGCAGUUCGGGGAAGUCGCUUCGAGUCCGACUGGGUACUUUCCCCUGGGUUUGCAACUGCAGGUCGUGGAGGCUGCCUUGAACUGACUCGGCCGACACGAUCUGAAUCUUGGACGACUCCGGCGUGUAGCCACCAGACACGAUGGGGGCGGACACGGGCUCGCUCCAGCUGGCGGCGGAGCUCCAGCCCACGACGUUGUCAGGGGUCGCCUUCGUUUUCUUGUUGCGCGCCCGGGCGUUGAAUGCGUCCCGAUCUGUGUUGUUGAGCACGACGUUCAUCUGGUGGCCAUUCUUCGAGUACUUGGGCACGGCCCCUACUUCCUUCAAAGCGUUUCCCCAGCCCACCGCUGCUGGAAUGGGCACUUGUCUGGCUUUUUUCGGCUUAGUACUUUGAGCUGGUUUCGGAGCAAGUUCUGGAGCAGGCCAGUCUUCGGCGGCGGAUUUCGCCCGUGCGGCUGGUUGGGGGGCGCUUUGAGCGUUGGUUGAAGCCGCAGGAUUGGCAUAUGAAGGUUUAGGAGCCGAAGACGUGGCGGCGGCGGCAGCCGGCGGGGAAGUCGCCGUCUCUGCGGUGACCUUGGACGGCCGCUUCCGCAGCUUCGUGUCGUGGUACCCCACCGGUUUCGAAUUGUUGUGCAGCACCAGCACCUCAGUGACUUGGCUUUCGUCGGGGAGCAAACUCAUGAGUUUCGGAAAUAACUCGUGCAAGUCCUGAGGUCGAAACAUAGCCCGCGCCAAGCUGUAAAACGACACGGCCGGGAUCUCCUUUUGGCGGAACUUUUUGCACACUUCUCUGAAUUGGACGUACUUGGCUUCGCUGCCCAGCGCCGCUUGGAUGCUUUCAAUCACCGAUUCCUGCGGCGACUCGUCUGUCGAAAUAUAGGCUCUGACCGCGGGCUUCUCUUCGUCUUCGUCCACGGGGGGUGCAGCAGCCGCGGCGGGUGUGGGCGGCGGGGACGGCGAUGGAGUGGCCGCCGCCUUGUUCUUCUUCUUCUUGGUCGGUUUCACCAACCGUAGAAACGGAUUGUUGGCGCCCAACACUUCGGCAGCCUGCUGCAUCUCGGGGUACUCCCAUGGGUCGCUUCCAUGCAUGUGGGCACGCAUGGCAAGCGUCGGCUGCGGCGCAAUGGCGUUGCGGUACAGCGAAGAUGACGAUGCCGCCGAGGUUGAGGACGCCAGUUGCGGAAAGUCUUCCUGGCGCGGUAUGCGGAUGCUUUGGCUCUGCCAUGGCGUGAAGUUGAGCGUAUCCGCGUUGCCAACCAGCGCGGGAAAGUCGGCCACGGUAAUGCUGGCCGCAUCGGACGCGACCGACAGCGGCGUGUAGUCGUCGCGGGGUUUGUACUCGUCGCGGCCUUCGCGGUCGGCGCGGCGCACGGAGAAGUUGACGUCGAUGCGCUUGCUCACGGGGAUGUGCGGAUGCUUGUUGGUCAUGUGCGCUUGGAACUCGAUGUGGUUCUUGAACACGACGAACUUGGCCUCAAGGCAUGACGGUACUUCGCAGAGAAAGUGCUCGGACCGGAAGUGCUUCUCCAUGUCGUUGUAGUCCUUGUAGUACCGGUUCUCAAUCCCGUACGCGUGCAGGCAGAUCUCGCACUCAAAGUGGUUCUUCCGAAGGUGUUCGUGGAGCUCGUUGUUGCCGUAGUAGCUGCUCGCGCAAAAAUUACACUUGGGGUGGCCAUUGAACCCGUGCUCGGGGUUCCCUUGUGUCUUGUGCUUCUUCAACGCGCUGGCCGUGUACAGCUCCUGCUCUUCGAGAAACACGUGCUUGUGGUCCAAGCAGAUGUCGCAAUACGACAACGCGUGCUUCGUGUUCAAGUGCUGCUUGAGGGCCUUGAUGUUGGGAAAGCUGUGCUUGUCGGGGCACGCGCGGGCGGAACACGUGAGGCUGCGCAGACCCUGCACGGCGCUGUAGUUUUCCUUGAGGAAGUACAUGCCCGAAGCUUCGUCAAACGUGUGGCUUGGGCCAAUGUUGUCCCCCCAGUCCUGGAAGCUCUCAAACGUCAUCGCGUCGUCGGUAAUGCAGAUCACGCGGUCCAUUUCCGUUUUGCACAUGACGCAGUGCUUCGACUUGAGAAGCUGUCGCAUGCGCAGGGCACAGAUGCUGCAGCAGCCCAAGUGGUUACAUGAGCCGACGGUCUGGAACCUCGUCUUGUUGUCAAUGUUCAGGCAGCACACCACGCACGCUUGCGACGCCGAGCUCGCUCGUCGUCCUCGCGCCAUUCGUGUGUGUGGAUGGGUGGAAAAUCGAGUUUAAACAUCUCGGGGAUUGUUUAAAACACGCAAAUCAUACGGUUAAACACCGUCCGGUAGUCAUUUUCCUUGCAAUUUCCAGUGUGAAGUGCAAGACCGUCAU